CUGUGGUGGGAAGCAGAUCGGGGCACCCCGGGAGGGGAGGGCCAGCCUGCCCCCCUUGGCAGGGAGGACAACCACGGAGGGUGUUCACUGGUGCUCUCUCCCCUCUCCUCCCUCCAGGGCCCCCUUCCCCAGCUCCACCCGGUGGAUGUGAUGGCAGCUCUUCCUGUGCCCUGGAGUCUGCGCCUCCUCGUCUUCCUCCUCCCCCUGGCCAUCCCUCAGCUGUCCACAGUGGUGACUGACGCUUCCACACUCACGUGCUUCUACAACUCGAGGGCCAACAUCUCCUGCGUCUGGAGCCAGGAUGGGACUCUGCAGGCCACAGCCUGCCAAGUUCACGCCCAACCAGAUAAGCGGCAAUGGAGCAAAACCUGCGAGCUCCUCCCCACGAUGCGGCAGUCCUGGGCCUGUAACUUGAUCCUUGGAGCUCCAAAUUCUCAGAAACUGACAGCAGCUGAUGUCAUCAACAUAAGUGUGACGUGCCUCGAAGGCAAGAGGCGGAGGAUGGUGAAAACGCAGGAAUUCAAGCCCUUUGAGAACCUUCGCCUGAUGGCCCCUGACUCCCUCCGAGUUGUCCACGUAGAGGCCCACAGGUGCAAUGUCACCUGGACCCUCACCCAGUUCUCCCACUACAUUGAAAAUUACCUGGAGUUCGAGGCCCAAACACGGCCCCUGGACCACAGCUGGGAGGAGGUCUCCCUGCUGAGCCUCAAGCAGAACCAGCAAUGGAUUUACCUGGAGUCACUGGUGCCAGACACCGCUUACGAGUUUCAGGUGAGGGCCAGGGCCUGUAAAGGCAGCAACAUGACCUGGAGCCCCUGGAGCCAACCCCUGGCCUUUAGGACAAAGCCUGCAGCCCCCGGGAAGACUCCGUCCUUUUCUUGGUUGGGCCACAUGUUCGUGGGCCUCAGCGGCGCCUUUGCCUUCAGCAUCUUAGUCUACUUGCGGGCCAACUGCCGGUACAUUGGGCCAUGGUUGAAGAAGGUUCUGAAGUGCCACAUCCCAGACCCCUCGGAGUUCUUUUCCCAGCUGAGCACAGAGCACGGAGGAGACUUCCAGAAGUGGCUCUCCUCGCCCUUCCCCUCGUCUUCCUUCAGCCCCGUUGGCCCAGCGCCUGAGAUCUCCCCGCUGGAAGUGCUGGAGAGGGACGCCAAGGCCAUGCAGCUGCUCCUGCGGCCUGAGGACAAAGUGCCUGCACCCUCACCCAGCAGUCACUCACACACCAGCUGCUUUACCAACCAGGGCUACUUCUUCUUCCACCUCCCGGAUGCCCUGGAGAUUGAGGCCUGCCAGGUGUACUUCACCUAUGACCCCUGCACUGAGGAGUCCGAUGAGGGCAGGCCCGGGGCGCCCGCGGGGUCUCCCCUGCCAGCCCUACCACCACUGCCAGGGGAGGACGAUGCCUACUGCACCUUCCCCCCUGGGGACGACCUGCUGCUUUUCUCCCCCAGUCUCCUCACUGGCCCGGGUCCCCCAAACAGUGCUCUCCGGGGCAGCGGGGCCAGGGAGGAGAGGCUGCCCCGCUCCCUUCAUGGGGAAGUUUCUGGAGACUCAGACCCCAGACCCCUGGUGCCUCCUGCCCCAAGAGCCCCCAGCCUAGUGGCUGACCAGUCACUCCUGGAGCUGGCGCCGGGAGAAGCUGGAGAGGAAGCCCCUGUCCCCCGCUCUGGGGAUGGGGCCGGAUCCCCCUGGGCCACCCUUCCUGGGCAGGGUCAGGUCAGGGCCCUCGCCUCCCGCCUAGCCUUGAACACUGAUGCCUACCUGUCCCUCCAAGAGCUCCAGGCUCAGGACCCAGCUUACUCAGCAUAGACAGACGGCCAACGGGGGGAGGCGCCAGACGACCUCCGCCCAAACCCACACACUGUGUUCUCUUCCAAACCUCAACUGCUGCUCUCUGGUCCCAUCCCCAAGCCAGCAACUGGGAAGGGGGUCUCCUUUGACCCUCCAUCUCCUCAUCAGUCAUGGAGUUCUGUGGGUUUUGCCUCUGAAGCACCCCUUCUCUCUAGCCCUGUAGUGGCUUGCUGACCUCAGUCCUCAUGGCUCUCCAAGGGUCACCACUGGCCUCACUGGCUGCCUGCCCCAGUCUUGCCCCCUCACACCCACCCUCCACAGGGCAGCCAGGGCACUCUGUUCAAAUCACAAAUAAUGCCAUGCUCCUCCCCUAACACCCAGCAUAGCUCCCCAUUGCCCUCAGCAUUAGAUCCACACUCCUCAGCCUGCAUGCCUGUCCACGUCAUACUGGGAUAUUUCCUUCUGGAACCUCACAAGGGUCCUACUGGAUGAACCACUUGUAACUCCCUCGUCCCCCCACAUCUUUGCAGACUGUUCCCUGUUCCUGGAGUACCCUCUCCUCCCUCAUCCAGGUGACAAACAUUCCUUAUCCCAAGGGUCAGUCUGCUUCUCCUGGAGGAAAAUACUGCCUUCGUAAUGUGCCAAAGCUUCUAGGUUCAGCCCCAGAAGGAGAAGCUCUCAGGGCCACAGGGCAAAGGGACAAAGCGGCCCUGUCAUUUCUCCCUUGAGAUCUCUUGUGACCUCUGAACACUUGGCUGUCAUUGUUGUUACUUGCCAUUAGUCAUCUCUGACUCACGGUGAUCUUAUAUAUAACAGAACAAAAUGUUGCCUGGUCCUGCGCCA